AUACGUCAAACUUAAUUUAGUCAAAGGAGAAAGAAUUAAAGCAUAUAGGGCGUUUAUAGCAUGAAUACAACAAACCGAUUUUCUCAGCAAGUCAUGCAUGUUUUUAAAUGCAUUCUUUAAUUAAAGAGCCAUUUUCGGAGAUAGUCAAGCAGUUUGCCGCCGUAAUUAUAACGGACUUCGUUGGAAUUUUUUGUUUCUUUAUCCUAGAUCAAUUCGAUAUGAAGGAAGUUAUAAAAACGACAAGAAGCAUGGUCAUGGCACUUACUAUUGGUCCGUUGGAAGACAAUACGUGCGUGAAUGGGCCGAUGAUGUUCGCAAUCAGCAGGGAGUGUAUACAUCUGCAAAUGGCAAUCAAUAUGAAGGAAGUUGGAAAAAUCACAAGAAGCAUGGUCAUGUCACGCAGUAUCUUGCCAAUGGUAGUAUCGAACAAGGCGAGUGGACGAAUGACACAUGUAAUUGA